AUGCCGUCUGGUCCGGGCGACUUUGCUCCGUUAAAGACACUAGGCUCGGGCGUGAGUGGCGUCGUGCGCCUAGCGCGGCGCCGCGCGGAUGGCCGGCUCUAUGCUGUCAAGGAGAUGGAGCUGCCAAGUGACCCCGGAGCGGCAGCUGCUAUUCUGCAGGAGACGCACAUCCUUGCAGCAAUCGAGCACCCAUACGUGAUUCGAUACUACGACUCGUUCCUCGAGCAUCGGCGUCUGUACGUGGUGAUGGAGUACGCGGUCCACGGCUCGCUACACGGGCUGCUGCAGCAGCACCAGCGGCUGGGAGUGCACGUCGAAGAGGAGCUGGUGUGGCGCUUCUGCAUCCAGCUCCUCGCGGGGCUGCACGCCAUCCACUCGCGGCGCGCAACAGAAUCGCACCCUGGAUCGCAAGUGUCGCGCGUGGUUCACCGCGACCUCAAGCCGCACAACGUCCUACUCGGGGCGGGCGACACGAUCAAGAUCGGCGACUUUGGCGUGUCGCGCCAGCUCUCAUCGUCGCUCGAGAUGGCGCAGACCGUCGUUGGCUCGCCCGGCUAUCUCUCGCCUGAGCUGUGCAAUGGCGAGCCAUGCCAGGGCGACCCCUACAACGAGAAGGCGGAUAUCUGGUCGCUCGGCGUCACUCUGGCCGAGCUCUGUGCUCUUCGGCACCCUUUUGGCGACGCAACUUCGCACGCGGCGCUCAUCAUGCGGAUCAUGCGCGCCGAUGCACCCGAGCUUCCUCUGCAGUACUCGCCGCAACUUUCUCGGCUCCUCAUCUGCUGCAUGCAGCGCCACCCGGCGCAGAGGCCGUCGGCGCUGCAGCUUCUCUCCCUCUCCACCGUC